GUUAGGUAUAAAAAGUGGCUUUGGUGGACUCGAUUUGCUACCGUUAUUACAGUUCUGCAAUUUGCUGGUGCUUCUUACCUUCUAUACAAUAUGGCUAGUUUUAUGUCUCACAAUGAAACAACAAACCAUUGUAUUUUAGGGACGGCUUCGAGCAAUAUUCCAUGGAAGAAACAUUUAAUGGGAUUUUUUGUAAUCACGGUGUGUUUUGCGGCAUUGCUACAGUGUUUUACAGGAACUGAUAUUUUAAAAUGGAGAUCAUUUUAUGCAACCCAAGAUGAUGCAUGGAAGGCUCAUUACCGGGAGGUAUUUGAUCAUGGCAUUCGUGAGGCUUUGUGCUGUAUGGGGCGAGUCAAAUACUUGAGUGUAUUGGAAGAAGAUGAGGUUUUCUCAGUAGCUCGAUUACUAGGUGAUCUUGUUGCCUAUCGUGCAGCCGGCACAGGACAUCUGGAACUCAUGGCAGGUCUAGCCCUUUUGCGGAACCAGGGGCAGUCACCAAAAUCCUUUGAAGGGUGUAUGGAGACACCUGAAGAAAAGAUCAGGGAGGCUGCAGAUUUUCAUAAGUUUGCAGAAGCUGCCUACACGGGUCCAUUGCUUGAUUUUGGAAGAAAUCCUUUCUUAUUUCCGUGUGUGUGGCUCUAUAGGCAAGGGAUUUUGACCCCAUGGGCUCGUAACAGGCGACCCGUACUUGAUGGUGAUAAUUGGUUGCGAGGUCAUGCAGCAGCUUUUCUAAAAUAUGUUAAACUAUCCCCCGAGGUGCUAGGAAAGGGCGUGUUAACCAGAUCUGUGGUGAUUGCUGUUCGGGGAACUGAGACCCCAGAAGAUCUAAUAACUGACAGUUUAUGUAGGGAAUGUGCUCUUUCUGUAGAAGACUUGGAUGGAUUGAUAAAUAGCCCUAAUAUCAUCCUGAAGUGA